AAAAAAGAUGAUUGGUUAGCAGAUAUGCUUUAAAAGCUUAAUCCAAAUCCGAAUUCGCUCUCAUCCUUAUCUCACUGGCUCGAUACUCUUUCCAUUUCCAUCUUCGUCGUCACUCCACAUAUCAACCAGUGCAGGUGGAAAAAGUUGAACGUGAGCUUUCAUAUAAAUAUUUAGAUAGCAUGGCUGCUAAUUCUGUAAUCAAGUAUGGAAUCAUAGGGGUAGGCAUGAUGGGGCGUGAGCACCUCAUCAAUUUACACCAUCUUCGAACUGAAAACAUCACCGUCGUAGCCAUAGCUGACCCACAUAUUCCUUCCCAACACCAUGCUCUUCACUUAGCUGAGUCUUACAAUUGGCCUUUAAAGGUUUUCACAGGACACAAGGAGCUAUUAGACAGUGGAGUGUGUGAUGUGCUGGUUGUGUCAAGUCCAAAUAUGACCCAUUAUGAAAUUUUAAUGGACAUAAUUAACCAUCCUAAACCUCAUCAUGUACUGGUGGAGAAACCCCUUUGCACCACUGUUGCUCACUGCAAACAGAUUGUAGAUGCUGCUAAUAAGAGGAAGGCUAUGCUGGUGCAAGUUGGAUUGGAAUACAGAUACAUGCCACCCGUUGCUAAGUUGAUAGACAUAGUCAAGAGCAAAGCUGUUGGACAAGUUAAAAUGGUGGCUAUUAGGGAACAUCGGUUUCCUUUCUUAGUAAAGGUCAACAAUUGGAACCGGUUCAAUAUUAAUACAGGGGGGACCCUUGUUGAGAAGUGUUGUCACUUCUUUGAUCUGAUGAGACUCUUUGCAGGAGCAAAUCCUAUUCGUGUCAUGGCUUCUGGCUCUAUUGAUGUUAAUCAUAAGGAUGAAAUAUACGAUGGAAAGGUGCCAGAUAUAAUUGACAACGCCUAUGUUAUUGUUGAAUUUGAUAAUGGUUGUCGCGCAAUGCUUGACCUUUGCAUGUUUGCUGAAGGGAGUAAAAGUGAGCAAGAAAUAUCUGUUGUUGGUGACAUAGGGAAGGGAGAGGCCUUUGUUCCAGAAAACAUUGUCAAUUUCGGGACUCGAGUGGCAGGAAGAGCUGGUGUCCAAUCUUCAAAAGCUCUGGACGAUCGAAUUAAAUAUGAUGGACUUCACCAUGGAUCUAGCUAUUUAGAACAUUUAAAUUUCUUGUACGCAAUACGAGCAAAAGGUGAACAAGCUCCAGCGGUAGAUUUGCAAGACGGGUUAAUCUCAGUUGCCAUAGGAGUUGCAGCACAACUUUCAAUAGAGAAAGGUCGAUUCGUUACCAUUAAGGAAGUAAUGGAUCAUGAUGACACAUUCAAAGACUCUAUGUAGCUCUUCAUUUUUAGCUAGAGGUUUUUCAAUCUAUCUACGUAUACAUAUAUUACUGUCAGUCAGCCAUGGAAGUUUUAUAACUUCCAUUGUUACUAUCACAACUCCGGACCCUUGUUGUUUACUCAACCGUUUAUUUAUAUGAGAAAAAAUGAAUGUUGAUGAUUAACACCUUUGUUGUAACUUGUAUACAAUUUCUUUCAUCAACGCUGAGCAGAACUUUUUAUAUUAAUUAAAGAAAUUUUUGUUUGUA